UGCUGCAGUAUUUAUUUACCUCUGAUGCCCAAUGACAGCUGCUUGCGGGCAUCGCUCACAAGUGUUUGUGGCGCGUGGGCUUGCUCUUGAGGUGAGAGUAGCGGGAGGCGUUGUCUUGUGGUCCAUGUCUCUGAUGUUGUUUUGCACGAGGAAUUCCCCGAGAACAUCUCACAGCGAGAACUCGCAUGUCUUUGAGCAGUUUUUAGAGAUCCCAGUGAUGUCAUGUAAAUGGAGAAGAGGAUGGGCCCAAGCACUGAACCCUGAAGUACCCCGGUAGGUAGUCUGUGUGAUCGACACAGAUCCCCUCCAAAACACCCAGAAGGACCUACCUGCGCUGUGAGAGAGGAUUCUGCUCAGCCCAUCUGUGUUUCCACAGUGAAAGCCAAGCUGGAGUUAUCAGGCAGCAACUCAGCACAAGACACCGAAGCUGAGAUUCCGAGUGAGACCUGGCGGCAGGUCUCUCCACCCUCACAGCUCCAUGUACCCUGAAUCAAACACAGACUCCCCGGCUCGUCUCUCCACCCGGCAGACUGGCUCCCCAGGCGGCAACUACAUAGCGAAAUAUGGGAGCCCAAAGAGGCAGCUGCCGUUUUACAGCUGCUGUCUCGGCCAGCCAUAGGGCAGGAGAGGAGAUCCAGCUAGUUUUCUGUCUCAUCAGUUGGAACCUUGGAAAAUCCGGUUUACGGGUAUCAUGUCUAGGGCUGGGCACCUGGGUGACCUUUGGUGGUCAAAUCACAGAUGAGAUAGCUGAGCAGCUGAUGACGCUCGCCUAUGAGAAUGGCAUUAAUCUGUUUGACACGGCUGAGGUGUAUGCUGCAGGGAAGGCUGAAAUGGUUCUCGGCAGUAUCAUCAAGAAGAAAGGAUGGAGACGCUCCAGUUUGGUCAUCACCACCAAGAUAUUCUGGGGUGGAAAAGCAGAAACGGAGAGAGGCUUGUCCCGGAAACACAUAAUAGAAGGUUUAAGAGCGUCACUGGAGAGACUGCAGUUAGAGUAUGUGGAUGUAGUGUUUGCUAACAGACCCGACCCCAACACACCAAUGGAAGAGACGGUGCGAGCGAUGACCCAUGUGAUAAACCAGGGAAUGGCCAUGUAUUGGGGCACUUCCCGUUGGAGCUCUAUGGAGAUUAUGGAGGCGUACUCAGUGGCACGGCAAUUUAACCUGAUCCCACCUGUUUGUGAGCAGGCUGAAUAUCACAUGUUCCAGAGAGAGAAAGUGGAAGUUCAGUUGCCUGAGCUCUUCCAUAAAAUAGGUGUGGGUGCCAUGACGUGGUCUCCACUGGCCUGUGGGAUCAUUUCAGGGAAGUAUGACAGCGGUGUGCCUCCUUACUCCAGAGCCUCACUCAAGGGCUACCAGUGGUUGAAGGACAAGAUUCUGAGUGAGGAAGGCCGUCGUCAGCAGGCGAAGCUGAAAGAGUUGCAGGCAAUUGCAGAGCGGCUGGGCUGCACGCUGCCCCAGCUGGCCAUCGCAUGGUGUCUGAGGAAUGAGGGGGUGAGCUGUGUGCUGCUGGGGACCUCCAGCACUGAUCAACUUAUGGAGAACAUAGGAGCUAUUCAGGUUCUUCCAAAAUUAUCAUCAUCAAUUAUACAUGAAGUGGACAGUAUCCUAGGGAACAAACCCUACAGCAAGAAGGACUACAGGUCCUAAAGGAAUGUCAGUGACACUGUGUUGACCUGCUUCUUUCUCUGAGCUUUGACUGAAUAAAACAUUGGCACAUGGGACCAGCACUGUCAGGGGUCCCGCCAGAGACUCCAAAUUGUACACUACAUGGAGGAUGCUGAUAUUAACCUGAGAGAAGGUGCAGAACUGCACAGGCUGAAGCAUGCUCACGUUCAAAUCAGCUAUGCCGGCUCAAUAAGCAGAGUGCUGAUCUGACCUAUAAGAAACCACUGAAAUCAAACGCACUAGCUCACUUCCUCCUCCCACUCGUACUAUAGUAUACACUAAAAGAGCUGCAGUAUAUUUUAGGGUUCCAGAGUUUGUACUUAAAUGCAUGAGAUUCACUGGCCACUGCACAAGCUGUUUUCCUUUACGUUGGAAAAUAAUACAUUUGCAUAAGCUAAUGGGGGAUUCUAAACAUAUCUUUUCAGUAGUGGUACUGAUGAAGCACUUUAGUUACUACUGAAUGCAGAAAGUUAUAUGACUGAACAAGGCUGAUUAUAAAGGCAUUGUCAUUGGCGCUGGUUUUAUGUACAUGUAAAAACAUCACUGCAUUGAUAUCCAACAUACUGCUGGUUUCCAAGGCCUCAUCUAUAAUACCAGAUGCAUUUUAGUUCCAAACAUGAAGGCAAAGUUAGUUAACUCCUCAAAUUAAAAUGUUCAGAGCUUUCCCAAAUUCAGGAAUUAACAUAUAGUUUGCAAACAGACCUUAGCUUUGGGUUAUGAGACUGACAAAAAUCUUAAAUAUACUGUAAAAUACAGGCCUCUACAAAUGUGCAAUAUCUAAAAGUGUUUAUUUAAGCCAUUGUUUGUCUUCAUUAUAACUUUUAAAACGCUUUCUAAGAAUCGACUGACCUAAAACAGUGAUUAGUGGUUAACUGUAUACCCGGUUGUCACAGUGCUUCAACCAAAGAAUUCUCUGUCAUCUGUCAUGCUGUUCCCUCUUAAUAACCAAAUUUUAUUUGGAAUCUCUUUGCACUUGAGCUUUGGUGCAUAGGUGAAGGAAGACACUUGGUAAUAUGGUGAAAUGUUGUGUACUCAUCAUGUACCAGCUGUACUCAGCUGAUGGAUUGCCUUAAUGUUCUGCAUUAUAGGUGGUUUUCAAUAUAUGCAGAAAUGUUUGUCCUUAUUUCUUUUUUGGAUAUUCAGUGAUCCAAAUAAUAUUUAGUGCACAGGAUUUUAUGUUUAUCUGUCCGAGGCCAAGUAUUCAUACCAGACACUGUUUGAGGGCAUUGAUUUUUGUUCGUAUUUGAUAAUUUUACUUAUAAAAUUUCACCUUUUUUUUUUUUUUUCUAAAUGUAUUUUCUCGUCCUCAUGUGUUUAGUGAAGAAUGCUGUCUUCUCAUUUGUUAUGUUCUUGGCCAAUGGCGCCCUCAAUUGAGGGAAAGAGAACACACUGGCCGGAAAUAAAUCUCUCAGAUAUAUAUAAUCAUCAACAAGCACCACCCCAUUAAUGAAACACUACAAGCUUUAAAUUUACAUUGAUCCUGGUGGAAAAACAAAAUCAGUAGACCUACAAGUAAUUACUACUUUAUGCUAAUAUUUGCAAUUUUAUUUUGCAGUCCAAACAUAGGAUCUUUGCUAAAUACAAGUUAUUACACUGUAUGCUGUUAUUACGCAUGUGUUUUCCAUAAAACUUUAUUCUAGUAGAUGUGUCUAGAACUGGUAAAUCAUAUGUUACUCAGACAUGGACAUUGUGUAUAAGCCAGUGAUUAGAACAGCAUUCAUUUGCUGUCUAAGAAUUAAUAGAUUAUAUGCCUUAUACAGUACUAAUGCUAAAUACUCAGUGCCAGAGCAUGUGUUUCAUCUGUACCAACAGAAUUAUCCAUUAUAUGCAUUAUGGCAUUUUAAGGCUAUCAGUGGUGAAUUGUGUGCAUAAGCUGGUAAGGGUUACAGAGAUUUAUAAAGAGGCUUUAUACAUAAAUUUAUUUAUUAUUAUCAUAAUGAUAAAUUCAUUUAUGUUGUUAUCGUUAAUAAUUAAAUGCUUAGAUUAAAAAUUAGAUUAAAUACCAAAUUAAAUGCAUACAGUGUGUAGUUAAAUAUUUCAACAGGUUUGUGUCAAGGCAGUUCAAAUUAUUCUGAAUGUUUAUCAGAUUGAUUGUGUAUUGUACAUUUUCAGUGAUUUCAAUAAAAUCUCAAUACGGUUGUUGCAUGUAGCCUACAUACUAAUUUUUAAAAUGGCAUAUUACUUUAGUGGGUAACACUUUACAGUAAGGUUCCAUUCGUUGACUUUAGUUAAAGCAUUUGGUUUCAUGAACUAAAAAUGAACAAUAUAUUUUUACAGCAUUUAUUAAUCUUUGUUAAUGUUAUUUAAUAAAAAUACAAUUGUUCAUUGUUCAUGUUAGUUUAUAGUGCAUUAAUUAAUGUUAACAUAUGCAACUUUUCAUUAAAAAAUUAUAACUGCUGUAUAUGUAUAAAUUAACAUUAACCAAGAUUAAUAAAUGCUGCAAGUAUUUCUAAUUGUUAGUUCAUGUUAACUAAUUUAGUUAACAAAUGUUAUCAAAUAAAACCUUAUCGUAAAGUGUUACCCUUUAGUGAAUAACAACUGUUUGGCUGGGUAUAAAUGUAUGAAAGUGUUGACCUGUAGAUGGAAUGUAAUGCUGUUUAUGAAGAUUUUAAUUGUUGAAUGAGCUACAUUCAGACUCGGGUAAGAGUAAAUGCUGAGCUGAACAUAUUGUAUUAAACUAGAACAAAGCAGAGUGAAUUUUUACUAUAUGUAUAGGUUUUCAAAGUAGUAUGUUAACUAAAGGCCACUGCUGGAGAAUACAGGCUUAUGUGAUAGAAGUGGCAAGCAUUGCUUAAGUAACUAUUAGCUGAGGGUCAUCAUAAAUGCUAUGUCCUUGUAUUUGUCAUUCAUAUUUUGAGUAAAGUCAGGCUGUCUGCAUCUUUCAUAUGGGAUGUUGGUCGUACGUGUUUAUAUGCUGUGGUUGACCUUGUAUGAGCUGCUGUAAUUAUAUGUCCCUCAGGAAGCCAUAACUACAGUAUAUUGAUGUCAGUAAUUAGAUCAUGAUGAAAUCGCUAAUUUCACACCACCAUGUAUAUAAGCCUUGUUGAAUGAGAAACUGUUGGUGCACACAAAUUCAACCUUUUAAAACAGCCUAAUAUUUAACAAAAUAAGGUUUUUUUCCUAUAAGGAAAGAAGUCAUUGUAGAAAUAAAGUCAAAUGCUUCUGCUGUAAAGUGAUUAAAAAAAGAGUCCAAUAAUGUCAACAGAAGUAACUGUAUUUACAUGAAUUCAGAUAACUUUGAAUAUAAUGUUUUGAAGCGGAUUUGAUAAGAAUAGACUGUUUUUGGUAUGACCUUUUAUUCUGACUAUUAUGUAUUAUACUGACCAUUACUGUUAAAAAAAAAUAAAAAUAAAAAAACGCAUAAUGUU